AUGCACAGUUGGACGCAGCGCCUGUUGGCCGCGGCGACAACGGCCGGCGUCCUCCUGGCCGCUGCCUGCGCGGCCGCCUCCGCGCUCGACGCCUUCCACGCCCCCGCCGUCCAAGCCCAAGCCCAUGUUACAAAGAUCAACCGGUUCCACAAACAGAUCAAUGGCAAUGACAAGGUGACAUUGACUUUCAAUGUAUCUGCAAAUUUGGAGUCAUUAUUCACUUGGAACACAAAACAGGUCUUUGUCUUUCUGACAGCUGAGUAUGAAAAUGCGAAAAAUUCACUGAACCAGGUUUCGUUGUGGGACCAUAUUAUACCUGAAAUGGAACUUGCAAAGCUGCAACUAGAGGUGAAGAGCAAGUAUCCCCUGAUAGACCAGGGUAGUAGUCUGCGCGGGACGACGGUUCUGUUUGUUCUGCACUGGCAUGCUAUGCCCAAUGCUGGCGCCAUGAUCAGAGAUCGGAUGCCGCUUUCGGAGUUCAGACUGCCUGACACCUAUACCUCUUGA